GCACAGGCAGUAGUCCGGGAAGCUGGUCUGAUGGGCAAAUUAAGAAACUCCUCUAAAUGUUUCUCGAGGGAGCUUUCUCCCUGCUCAAGGCACAUGAGUUUGACUGGUGGAAAGUCCAUGGUGCAAGCAGGGGUGAAAACGGAACAAAAAACACUGAACACGAAAUAAAGAAAAGAAAAGAAACUGAAAAAAAGAAAAAGAAAAGGAAAAUAAACCAUGGCAACUAAGACAAACUUGAACGAGACUAUGACAAAAAUAGACUUUAAAAAGAGGAAGGGAAAAAAUUGCAAAAACAGCAGAAAAAAAAAAGAAACUUUUCAGCUUGCAUUUGCAGUUCACUCUCCUGGAGUCUGUUUGCUGUCUGAAUCUAAAACACGUUUCCUGCAGUGAUGUCAAUGAUAACAGCUCCUCCUCUUCUUCUGAUGUUUCUGCUCAUGAUUCCAGGUGUUGCUAUGGUGAUGUCAGUCAGAGAGGCUCCUAUACUUCCUCUGAUCUUUCUCAUCAUGAUUCAUGGGGUCUGUAGUCAGAGGGAGAAUGUGAUCUACAGUCCUUCACACAUCUGUGCACUAAAUAACUCAUCAGUGAUAAUGAACUGCACUUAUACAUUCCCUACUGAACGUCAGAUCAGGAAAGUGUUCUGGACCAAAACACUGGAAAAAGUUAAUGGAGAGCAUCCAGAUCUGUCUGAGGACCCUGAAUACAGUCAGAGGCUUCAGUAUCUGGGAGAUAAACAGCAGAACUGCACCAUCAGACUGAGUCAUGUGACACUGAAGGAUUCACACGAAUACUAUUUCAGAUUCAUCACUGAUAAAGAUAAUGUGAAAUGGACUGGUGUUCCAGGAGUGACUCUUGCUGUCACAGAUCUUCAGGUGAAGUCUCCUGAGAGAGUGACAGAGGGAGAUUCAGUCCGUCUGACAUGUAAAAGCAGCUGCACUCUGACUGACAGAGCAACAUUCAUCUGGUACAGAAACUCACAGCCAUUAAAUGUAGGAAUUAUUGAAAACCAGCUCAUCCUCUGGAGAGUCAACAGAGAAGAUACAAGCAGAUAUAGCUGUGGUGUAGAUGGUUACAUCUCUCCUGCUGUUCAACUCAAUAUCAGAUAUCCUCCAGAGAAUCCAGUGAUCUCCAUCAGUCCAUCUGGUGAAAUAGUGUCAGGAGAUUCAGUGACUCUGAUCUGCAGCAGUGAUUCAAACCCUCCUGCAGAAAUCAGCUGGUUUAAAAGAGGAACGUUUGUAGGAUCUGGAAGAAUCUACAGCAUCUCAAAGAUCAGCUCUGAUGACAGUGGAGAAUACAAGUGCAAGUCCAUCAAUGAACAUGGAGAGAAAUACUCUGAUAAUGUGACUUUAAACGUCAUGUACCCUCCCAGGAGCGUCUCAGUCUCCAUCUCCAUCAUUCAGUCUGGUCAGAUUUGCUCAGGAGAUUCAGUGACUCUGAUCUGCAGCAGUGAUUUAAACCCUCCUGCUCUGAACUUCAGCUGGUUUAAGGAGAAUGAAAGCUCAGCUGUUGGAUCUGGACAGAGUUUCAGUGCACUACAGAGUGGACGCUUCUACUGUCAGGCUCACAAUCAACAUGGAUCUCAGAGAUCAGACGCUGUAACUGUCACAGUUCAUCAUGGUGCUGGUAGGAAUGUGAUUGUGAUCGCAGCGACAUCUGGAGGAUUAUUCUUCACCAUCAUCUUCAUCAUCAUCCUGUUUAUAAUGAGGAAACGAAGGGAUGAUCAAACUGAAGAUCUCACAGUGAAACAGAUCUCUGAUCCCAAUGAAGACUCAUAUACAGCUCUUGAUCUCAAGUCCACGACCUCUGACCUGUACGACACACUCACAACGGUUCAUCCCAGAGCUCCUGAAGACUCCUGCAGGACUCUUGAUCCUCAGAGCUUUUCUAAACAUGAGAAUCCAUCAAUCAACAGGAAGAUGCUGCAGUAAGAGGCGGAGCAUGAAGGAACCAAUCCUGAGCUCUGUGGGCGGAGCCACAUGUGAUUGACAGGAUCAUCAGUGAUGAGUCACACAAGAGUUUCAUUUCUGUAUAGUUGAAGAAACAUGAUGUAACAGAGGAAUUAAAUGAAAGUUAAAGCUUGUUAUUGUGUAAAUAUAAAUUUUAAAAUUAAUUCAGCAGAGCAAAACACAAGUGAUGUUCAGCAAACAAGCCAUGCUUUUCAUUUUACAACAUUUUCCUGCUUUUAAAUCAUAGUUGAUUAUUUUAACCUGAUAUACUGAACAAAAUCAUAAUUGUGUGCAUUCAUAAAGGAAUAUGUUGUUUUUUGCUCUCAAAGUGCUCAAUAUUAUCAGCUUCUGUUAUUCUGGCUCUUGUCUUCCCUUUAAAUGUUCAGUUUUAUUUGUAAUAUGUUCUUGUACAAACCUUAUGGGCCGCAGUAUUGAUGUAUCGAUACUCACAAGAUACUUAUUUAGUAUU